CUAAACUGACACCUCCCUGGGUCAGAUAUGUUGGUGAUCUUGAUCAAAGUCUGGGAUUCCUCGAUGUUACGCAGCUCCCUCUUUAAUGUUUUAUUUAUGUGUUUGUGCGUGUGUGUGUGUGUGUAUGUAGGACGAGAGGAAUCAAGUGCUCACCACAUACCUGUGGAUCAGACAAGUGUGGCAUGACGCCUACUUAAAGUGGAACAAAGAGGACUAUGAUGACCUGGAGAUGAUCAAUAUCCCCAGUGACCUGGUUUGGAAGCCUGACAUUGUCCUCUAUAACAAAGCAGAUGAGGAGGCAUCAGAACCAUCCAACACCAACGUCAAGCUGCGUUAUAAUGGAGAGAUCAUCUGGGACUCUCCAGCCAUCACAAAGAGUUCAUGUGUGGUGGACGUCUCCUACUUUCCUUUCGACUGGCAGCAGUGCAACCUCACCUUUGGCUCCUGGACCUACAAUGGAAACCAGGUGGACAUCAGUUUGGACACGGACAGUGGUGACCUGUCUGACUUUGUAGACAAUGUGGAGUGGGAGUGUCACGGCAUGCCGGCGGUUAGAAAUGUUAUGAUGUACGGCUGCUGCUCCGACCCUUACACAGAGAUCACCUACACUCUGCUCCUGAAGCGCCGCUCCUCCUUCUACAUUUUCAACUUACUCCUGCCAUGCUUCCUCAUCUCGUUCCUGGCGCCACUGGGUUUCUACCUGCCGGCUGACUCAGGGGAGAAGGUUUCCCUGGGGGUGACCGUGUUGCUGGCGCUCACCGUGUUCCAGUUACUGGUGGCUGAGAGCAUGCCUCCUGCUGAAAGCAUGCCUUAUAUAGGAAAAUACUACAUAGCCACCAUGACUAUGAUCACAGCCUCCACCUCUCUUACUAUCUUCAUCAUGAACAUUCAUUUCUGUGGUGCUGAGGCCAAGCCGGUUCCUCACUGGGCGAAGGUGCUCAUCAUAGACUACAUGUCCAAAAUCUUCUUCGUCUACGAGGUUGGGGAGAACUGCACAACACCAGAGAGCGAGAGAACUCCCCUUUACUCUGAGGAACCAAUGAGUGAAAAGAGCAUCUACCAUGACGACCGUUUCCAUGACCGUCUGUACCAUUAUGACACCGACCCGUACAAGUACAGCAACGGUCAUGGUGUGAAUCACCACAACAAGCAUCAGAAAAACCAGGCAAAUGGAAAUGCCAACCGUCACCACUACAACAACCACAACAAUCACGCCUCCAGGUUGGAGAGGGGCGAGGCGAGGCGAGAGCCCACUCAGCACUACCACCACAUUAGGAGGGAUGAACUGGACUAUGAUGCUCCUCCUCAACCUCGAAAUCUCCAGCACCUGAAUGGGGGCCUGAAGGAGCAGCUGCUCUAUUCUCCAGAAAAACAGCAAGUCCAAGCCUGCCCCUGCUGCUGCCCCUGCCUCCAACAUAAACAGGUGGUGAAGAACAUCCAGUACAUCGCCAACUGCUUCCGUGAGCAGAGAGCUACCUGUGUCAAGGCAGCGGAGUGGAAGAAGGUUGCCAAGGUGAUGGAUAGGUUUUUCAUGUGGAUCUUCUUCAUCAUGGUCUUCCUUAUGAGCAUCCUUAUCAUUGCCAAGGCAUCCUGACAGCCUCCUCUACAUCAUUUUAUCAGCUUGCUGGACCUCUAUGUUCCACACAAGGCUUCUUUUUGCUUAUCUGGAUGAAUCAAACUGUUUUGCGCACACAAAAAGACAAUUUUACAUGUCAGUAUUGUUUUGUGGGUGUGUGUGAGAGACACCGUGUGUGUGUUUGUGUCAUUUAGUAAUGCUUUGACACAAAGAGGACAGGGUCACUGCACACAAAUCAUCCAUUUAAACACACGGAGAAAUUCAUCAAGGCCUCUUGGUUAGUUAACAUCAGGUGUGCUUGCAUGUGUCGCAGCAGUGGAGCGGUAAGACAAUCUAGA